AUGAAUAAUGCAACAGAAGUGAUCCAGGUGAUACCAUUUCAGAAGGCUGUCAGAGCUCUGCUGUCUAUGCUGCCAUGUGUCUUCUUCCUCUACAUAAACGGAGUCAUGCUGUUUGCCUUGCUGAAGAAGCCCCUCUUGCUGGAGACCUCUCGCUAUGUCCUCUUCGGUCAUUUACUCUUCACAGAGUCUGUCCAGCUUCUAGUGACUAUGUUGCUGUACCUCUUUGCUUUUACUAUGGUCAGAAUGGUCAGUUAUGUUUGUGUGACUGUCUCACUGCUUGCAGGCAUCACUGUCAAAAUGUCACCCCUCAACCUGGCUGUGAUGUCUUUGGAGAGGUAUGUUGCCAUUUGUUUCCCACUGAGGCACGUUGACAUUGUCACCACCAGGAAGACGAGCAUAGCCAUUGCUGUGAUGUGGACAGUGGCCUCUUUGGACUCACUCACCCAGAUGUUUCUAUUCAUAAGUCUUGAGAGCACAGGUUUCACUCUGCAAACCUUUUGCACCAAAAAAAGUGUUUUCCGGCUAAAGAUUUUUACAACUGUAAACAAUGCCUUCACCAUUGUGUAUUUUGUGUUGGUGGGCAUGAUUAUCAUCUAUACAUACAUUGCUAUCAUGUUUGCUGUAAAGUCAGCCUCAGGAAAUGUUCGCAAUGCCAGUAGGGCCUGCAGGACAGUGCUGUUACAUUUGCUUCAGCUGUGCCUUUGUCUCACCUCCACUCUGUUUAAUAUAAUUAACUCCAAUAACAUGUUGCCCCCUCAUAUUCAGUAUGCCUUCUUUUUAGGUCUUAUCGUCCUCCCAAAGUGUUUGAGCCCGCUCAUAUACGGCCUCAGAGAGCACGCCCUCAGACAUGUCUUAAAAUACUAUUUCACCUUUGGCAUCAAAACAACUAUCAGGCCAUAUCCAAAGUCUUGA